CACUUAAUGUUUAUUUUCUUUCAAGUAAUGAACAAGUUUUAUUUUUAGUUUAUUUAGUGAAAGUUAUUUUAGUACUUCAGAUUAAACUAAACAUAAAUCAGAAGUGUUAGGGAUAGCUGACUAGCUCAAACUAAAUAAGUAUAUAUGAUAAUUAUAUUUUUGUAAUGGUUUUAGUUUUAGUAAACUAUAAUAACUCUAUGCGCAUUAUAAAGUUCAUUCAGUGUUGGUUCUUCACAUGUCAGUAUUCACACUAAACACACUGGAGAUCAAAGGGACACAUGUCACUAGACCACGCCCCCCUUUGACCAGCCUUCUCGGCUGAUUGGCAGUCCGGACAGGGCCACACGCCCCUCUGCCAGCUGAUUGGCUGAGAGGGCUGCAAUAAAAAACCCCAAAUAAUGAGCCCACGAGGGACACGGACACUUGCCGUGAUCUGAGCGCAGGAGGAGGACAGACUGUUCGUUUCAGGAUGAGAGGAUCCAGCGAGAUUUUAUGAACCUCCUGUGGAUUUACAGAAGCAUGGAGAUGAUCCGAGUUUUGCUGGUUCUGCUGGUUCUGGGGUCGGCCGAGGGCAGGAGGGUUCGGGAUCAGCGGACUCAGGCACCCGAGAGCUUUCCUCUGGACUUCACAGCAGUGGAGGGAAACAUGGAGAGCUUCAUGACUCAGGUGAAGAACUUGGCUCAAUCCCUGUAUCCCUGCUCGACUCAGAAACUGGACCAGGAGAUGAAGCUUCAGUUCCUGAGGAACUCAUCGGUCACCUGUAAUGACGGUUCACCUGCUGGCUACUACAUAAAGGAGUCGCGAGGCAGUCGGCGAUGGCUGAUGUUCCUGGAGGGUGGCUGGUACUGCUUCAGUAAACACACCUGCGACAGCAGAUACGAGACCAUGAGGCGACUCAUGAGCUCCAGCAAAUGGCCUCCCACCAGGACAGGAACAGGGAUCCUGUCGUCUCAGCCCGAGGAGAAUCCACACUGGUGGAACGCAAACACAGUGUUUGUGCCGUACUGCUCCAGUGAUGUUUGGAGCGGCUCCGCAGUGAAGACAGACCAGAGUGAUUAUGCGUUCAUGGGUUCUCAGAUCAUUCAGGAGGUCGUUAAGGAGCUGGUGACUAAAGGUCUGGACGGUGCUAAAGUGCUGCUGGUGGCCGGGAGCAGCGCCGGUGGUACCGGAGUGCUGCUGAAUGUGGACCGUGUGUCGGAGCUGCUGGAGGAUCUGGGUCUGGGUUCGGUUCAGGUUCGGGGUUUGGUGGACUCGGGCUGGUUUCUGGAUCAUAAACAGUACCGCUGCACCGACUGCAUCGACACGAUCAGCUGCGCUCCGACCGAGGCCAUCAAGAGAGGAGUGCGGUACUGGAACAGCGUGGUUCCGGAGCGCUGCAGUCGCGUGUAUAACGGCGAGGACUGGAACUGCUUCUUUGGUUAUAAAGUUCAGCCCACACUGAAGAGGCCGGUGUUUGUGGUUCAGUGGUUGUUCGAUGAGGCUCAGCUGACGGUUGAUAACGUCCAUCUGACGGGUCAGCCGGUGCAGGAGGGUCAGUGGAGAUACAUCCAGAACCUGGGCAGCGAACUCAGAAACACCCUCAAAAACGUCCCGGCCAUGUUCGCUCCCGCCUGUUUGUCUCAUGAGAUCAUCACAAGAAGUUAUUGGAUGGACAUCCACGUCAAAGGUACCUCACUUCCUCGAGCGCUGCAGUGCUGGGACCGCAGCCUCCGUCACCACGGCAACAGCAGCAGCGCUCAGGCUCCGCCUCGGGGGUGCCCUCUUCACUUGAUUGACAGCUGCCCGUGGCCCCACUGCAACCCCACCUGCCCCACCAUCAGAGAGCAGCUGACGGGGCAGGAGAUGAGCGUCAUCCAGUUCCUCACGCACCUGGGCUUCGACGUGCAGCGCGUGGCACAGCAGCAGGGCAUGGAGCCCCACAAACUACUGGGCAUGCUCAGUAACGGCACCUGACGCACGCCUGGGUAUUCAUCAGACUGCGUUCACUCCGGCUCCGGCCCAAAUGGAGCAGCUGAUGUGGAUUGAAUGACUGAUGAUCAGUGAGGGUGGCCAUUUCUAUAGCACCAAAAAUGAGGAUUCAGUGAAGCUAAAAAUAAUCCCAAAUCUAUAAGUACUCACACAACGUUUCCAUUGAGGGACAAUAUUACUUUUAUAAGGGCAAGGUUUAUAACCUUUUUAUAAAAUUAGGCAUUUAGUGUUUUAUUCUUACUAUUUUUAGGAUAUGGCAGAACUAGUAAGAGUUGUAUAGCAGUAGUACCUGGUUCCGAAUACAGCAACUUGAGUCAUUGAAUCAUUGACUCAACAGAGUUGUUUAAAAUGGUUGAUUCAUUCAGGUAACAAAGCAAGUGACAGUCUUUAUGAAUGAUUGAAUUAUUGACUCAACUGAUUCAUUCAAAACGGCUGGUUCAUUCAGCAACGAAGCAACUGACUGUCUUUAUGAAUGAGUCAUAGAAUCAUUGAUUCAACAGAGUCAUUCAAAACAGUUAAUUCACUCAUAAAUUAUGUAAAUGGCUAUCUUUAUGAAUGAGUCACUGAAUCAUUGACUCAACAGAGUUGUUUAAAAUGGUUGAUUCAUUCAGGUACAAAGCAACUGACAUUCUUUAUGAAUGAGUCAUUGAAUCAUUGACUCAACUGAUUCAUUCAAAAAAGCUGAAUCAUUCAAGAACAAAACUCCACUGUGUUGAACAGAGAUGCAAUGGUUAUGCUGGGAUUCUGAACUAGUUUUGUUGGUGGAAUAGACCAACUAUAUUGUGUCUAAAAUGUAUGUCUCUUAAUAUUAAUUUAUACAGUACAUUUAAAACAAUUAUUUAUUAAUUAUAUAUCAUUGCAUACCGCUGGAUAUGCAUUUACAAACUGGACUGUCUGACCUUAAACCCAACAUAUAGCCACCCUAUGAAGAGCUAAGGACUCCAUUUGGGACGGAGCCCGUGUGUGAACACACAGGUACCAUAUUCUCCAGAAUCAGGUUAACAGUGGCGUCCUCUACUGGACACUCGAUGGACUGCAGCAACAACAGACUCUUUCUCUGUGGAUGAAGGACAGGUCAAACUCUCUGAUGCUUUUCACUUCAGCCCAUAAUAAUGAAGCACUUUCACAACAACCUCACAAACAAAUACUGGAUACCAAAAUCAACAGACUACUCAAACACCUCAUACACACGGACAUGUUUAUAUGAACAUCUGAACACUUCUCUCCACUAAGCUGACUGGAUAAAUUAUCUGGUGAAGACAAACAGCUGCUCGGAUCACAGAAUCUCACCAAACCCGUCAAGAACGUGCAUUGUGUGUGUGUGUGUGUACCUGUUUUUCUAUUCAGGUGGGGACUUAAACCUCAAGGUUUAGGUGUAGGGUUGGUGUAGGGCAAUAGAAUAUACGGUCUGUACAGUAGAAAAAGCAUUACGCCUAUGGAGAGUCCCCACAAGGAUAGCAAACCAGACGUGUGUGUGUGCGUGCGUGUGUGUAUACAUGUAUGUGUAUAUAUAUGCAUGUAUGUGUGUAUAUAUAUAUAUAUAUAUAUAUACACACACACACAGGUGCAUCUCA